CCACAACAAGACUUCAGCGACCAUGAGCGAUCCGACAAUGAUACCGGCGAGACCGCCGCCACCAGGCAUAACCAGCAAUUUGAUUGACCCCGUCAGUACGGGAAACCAGCAGACGAUAUGCAAUAUCGUGUGUCUCAUAAUUGUCACCGCAUUCGUGAGCAUGAGGAUAUAUACGCGUAUCAAGCUGGUCAAAUGUGUUAGUUGGGAUGAUUAUCUUAUCAUUCUGGCAACCAUGGUGUUCUACGCCGAGGUGGGACUGUUCCAGUACAUUGUCAAAGGUAAACAUCUAUGGGAUGUGAGUGCUGCAGAAUUUGCGCCGACCUUUUUGGAAGUCUGGACUUUUGCUGCCAUGAUCUACUCUGUCUGCAUGUUGCUCACCAAGAUGUCUAUCCUCCUGUUAUAUCGAAGGCUUUUUCCCAUCGACAACUUCAGAUACCUUUGGUGGAUGUGCGCGUUCUGUACUGUGGGGUAUGGUCUAGGAGCCAUCUUCUCCAGUCUUUUCGCCUUUGUUUCUACAAGAUGCAUUAAUAAGCAAGCCUUCUAUAUCGGCAACGGCGUGAUGAACAUCAUCACGGACCUGCUGAUCUUGUGUCUACCUAUACCAAUCGUGUGGAGGUUGACUCUUGAGCUAAAACAGAAAAUUGUUCUUAGUUUUGUCUUUACGCUAGGCUCAAUUCUGGUGCGUCUCAUCAGCAUCGUGACCUGGAUACACGUAGGUGACGGCGACAUCACCUAUACACUCCAGCCCAUCGUAGUCUGGUCUGAGAUCGAGCUAGCAGCUUGCAUCCUCUGCGCCAAUGCCCCCUGUCUCCGCCCCUUCUUCAAAGCCCACCUCCCCUUCCUCAGCAUUCACACCCACAAAUCCGCCUCUUCCAACGACAAAACAAACGCCCCCAGCGACUUUCCCACCACAAUCGGAGGCAAACGCUCGCGAGCCAUUUCACCAUACCCUUACGACGACACAGACGGCAUCUUCGACGGCACCCAAGACGUCGAACUCGAAAACUACGAUGUCGAAAUGAACGCAAAAGGAUCCGCAGAAGGCGGACAUGAGAAAAAANNGCACUCGUAUGCUAAACAUGGCUAUAAGCCUUCUACAGGGAACAUGACUAUUGUUUCUGUGUCUUUGCAGAGUAGGAAUGCGAGUAGGAGGGGUAGUAUGUCUUCUUCUUCUUCAGACGACAGUGCUUCUCGCAAAGGUCCUAGUCGACAGCAGAGUUUGAAGAGUAUUGGGGAAGAAAGAAGGGGCAGAAGGGCACAGCAAGAGGAAAGAGGUAUUUUGGUGCAUACGACUUAUAAUGUCCAGACUGCCAAAGAGGAGACUUGGGUA